AUGGCAAAAGAAUUUAAAAUCAAUAAAGAAACUAAAAAAAUAACUGACUACGAUGAUAAGGAAAUAAGCAUAGAAGAAUAUAACAGUUUAUAUAAGCAAAGACAACAUCCUACGUGGGUUAGGCUUCAAGAGUUAUAUGAUAAAUUUAGCGGAUCCGACAUCGAAGCCAAACGCAAUGCCAAAAAAGGCAAACGCAAAAGGGAAGAUGAAAAAAAUGAUACUCCAAAUGAACAACCUGACCCCAAAAAAACAAAAAGCGACUAUGAUGCUCUCAAAAAUAAAACUUUGGGAGAAAUUACUAAUAAUGAAGCGGCAACAGUAUUAAAAGAAUCAACUAAAUUAGAAGGGGAACAAGGAUACAACCAAGAUGAAAAAAUAGAAUCCAUGGAAGAUAAAUUAAUAGCAGAUGACCCUGAACUUUACCGGCAAACAAUUAUUGAGGCUCUUAAAGAGCGAAUGAAAGACUUGAAUGUUAAAAAAGAAGACUUGGAUGAAGACACUAAAAAGUUAAUUGAAGGCAAAAUCACUGAUGCUCACCAAGUUAAGGUCAUUAAAAACCAAGCGGUCAAAAAAAUUGGUGAAUUAGGUGCUAAAAACAAAUUAACUUCUUUAUUUAGCCAAGCCCAAGCACUUAUAAAAAAAGCCCAAAAAAAUGUUACUGAGAAAAUAAAACAAGACAUAAAAACUGUUCAAGAGCAGUUGAAAA